AUGAAGCUAAGCGAGUCAAGAGGCGAAGCAGAGAAGCACAGGCGACAACAACAUUUCGAGCAUGAGCUUAAAAACAUGAUCUCGUCGUUAACCUAUAUGGGAGGCGCAGAGAAGGCUGGACCAAGCCAAUAUGGAGAAGAGGAAAAUAAGGAGGAAGAUGGCAUCAGAGUCAUCAGUCAUCAGGCGCUCUGGAUCGAACCUAGGAGCAAUUUUCCCAUCCUUAUCAUUUCUUCGUCUUCUUAUAACUAA